AUGCAGCGCAAUGUGCUUCACAGCAGCCUCCUUAGUGCCGCUUUCAGUAUUGUAUUCCAGAUGAUUUGUCGUGUUCUAACCUUUGCCAUCAAUGCUUUCAUUGUGCGAAAUGUGGGUCGAGAGGUUUUAGGUAUUAUGAACGUUCGUUUGCUAUUAUUGGAAAGUACUCUGCUGUUUUUAUCGAGGGAAGCCUUUAACCGAGCUGGAUUAAGUGCUACCACUCAGCAACGUGAUAAGUGCUCGUGGGCGCAGCUAAUCAACCAAAUGUGGCUUACAGUUCCUACCUGUGCAGUCAUAUGUAUUCCUUGCAUUUACAUUUGGUUACAUCUGCUAUCACCUGUGGAUGAGCGAUUUAAUACCCAAUAUCAGUUCGGUUGCUAUGCAAUGGCUUUGUCAUGUGUUAUUGAGCUAUGCGCGGAAGCUCCUAGUUUUGUGACACAAGUAUUUUGUUUCGUACGGUUAAGAAUAAUAUUGAACACUUUAUAUAUUUUGGUACGGUCAGCAGUAUUUCUCUGGAUUGUAAUAAACGACAAAAGUGCUGCAAUUAAUGCGUUUGCGCUGGCGCAACUUGUGAGCACUGCAACAAUUAUACUGGGAAAUUACGGCUUCUUUUACUUUUACAUUCGAAGAUUCAAUGAAGGCCAAGAAAGAAGGGAUAUAUAUUCGAAACAAGAGUUCAUAAAAAAUGGUGAUGGAAAUGACUUUCCUUUUAAGAAAAUUACAGACUUUCUUCCAGGAUUUAUGGAAAAUGAUGGAAAGUUCUUAAACACCGAGCUGCAGAGUCUUACACUGAGUUUCGUUAAACAGGGCGUUCUAAAGCAAAUUUUAACUGAAGGUGAAAAAUACGUAAUGUCUGUAAGCCCAGUGCUAACCUUCAGUGAACAAGCGACAUAUGAUGUAGUGAAUAACCUGGGAAGCUUGGCGGCGCGUUUCAUUUUUAGACCCAUCGAAGAUAGUAGCUACUUUUUCUUUACACAAACUAUUGCUCGUGAUAUUGAACUCCACAAACAAAAUCGUGACAACAUUUUACAAGCAGCAAAAGUUCUACGAAACUUGUCCUUAGCAGUUACAUCCAUUGGCUUAUUGGCGCUAACUUUUGGUCAAAGUUACUCACAUACUAUACUUCUAUUAUAUGGCGGGCCUGAUUUUGUUGCUGGUGGGCUACCACAGCGGUUGCUGCAAUGGCAUUGUUUAGCUAUAUACUUCUUAGCUAUUAACGGCAUCACGGAAGGCUAUAUGUUUGCUACGAACACUAGCAAAGAUAUUGACAAAUAUAAUUAUUUAAUGGCAGUAUUCUCAGUUAGUUUUCUUAUACUCUCUUACAUUUUAACGAGCUGGUUAGGCCCAGUAGGAUUUAUAUUCGCUAACUGUAUCAACAUGUUUUGUAGAAUCUGCUACAGUACACGUUUCAUAUUUCGACAAUACAAGCCAACAGGUUUGAACCCACUGCUGGGCUUGCUCCCCGGAAAAUGGUUUGCUAUGACCCUUUUGGCAACAGGCACAUUUUGUAAAUAUUUGUCGUACUGCUCAACACCAAUUUUGGUAUUCUUUAUAUAUGGCUUUUUAAGUGUUGUUUGCUGUCUCAUUGUUUGGACUAUCGAAAACAGUGAUCUGGUGAAAUUGGCUUGGCGGUAUGGACGACGUCUUAAAACUGAUUGAACAAAAUCGCUAAUAUAUAAUUAAUUAAUAUGUAGUGCCUACCUAAGAUUUACUACGAUCCUAGCCCCAAUUUAUUUAUUGAGAGAAAAAUUGUUAUUAGUUUGUGUAAAUAAUAUUUUAUUAUUAUUAUUCA